AAAGGACGGAGAGGGGGAUCUUGGUUUCAUGGUUUGCGGGGGGAGCGAGCUAGCGUUACAUGAGAGUGAAUCGGAGUGAUGACAUUGUUUCUAAGUGCCAGCUGAGUGCACCUAUACACCUACCCCCAUGGAGGAAGGGCUAAUGACCUGCCCAACCAUCCACUGAUGAAGCAUUUGGACAAAGGGGCAAACGGGCAGACAGAGUAAACCCUAUCCAGGGUAGAUCCUCCUCUGUUGUUGACACUUUGACAAGCAUUAUAGGUCUCAGGUUUCCUGAUUGCUUUGGAGGAAAUUGGGGAUUGAUCCUAGAUCAGGCAGGGUUGUGGGUUUCUAAAGUCACCUGGGGCUUUGGUGAUGCUGGAUCAAGACGAAGCACAGAUAUCUAACAAAAAAGAAACAGACAAUAGACCACCAAGAACAGCUUGAAUGAAGGAAUCACUUGCGCCUCUGAAUCUAAUCUGAUGACUGAAUUUCCUGAAGCCUGCCUCACUUUUAGCUGAAAAGGGACAUUACCUGUGUCAAGAACCGCUACCAUUGCUGGACUCCUGAAGUAACUAUCACUUCUGCAAAGAGUAAGAUGGAGAAAAAAUACCCAGUAAUUGCUGGACGAGAAAAAGGGCCUGGACCUGGUCGCUAUGGGCUUCCUCCCACUAUUGGAUUUAUUGGCCAUGACUUCACAAAGUCAACUAGCCCUGCCUACUCUUUCCAUGGAAGGAUGACUGAUAAUAUGUAUAGUGUUGACUCCAGCCCAGGGCCUCGGUAUCAUAUUGAUGCAAGAAUCACUCGAUUUGGAAAGGAUGGCACACCUGCAUACUCAAUGCUGGGUAAAGUCAAAGCCCAGAAGGAGCUUUUCCACACACCCGGACCCGGUGCAUACAGCCCUGAGAGAGCCCCACCGUGCAACCUGCAGCGCAGACCUCCAUCCUACACCAUGGGCUCUCGCACACACUACCGCAGUGUUGACUCGGUCCCAGCUCCAAACAAGUACUCUCUACCGCCACUUAUGGGCGCUCAAGUCCCAAACAAGACAUCCAGUGCAAGUUACACAAUAUCAGGCUGUCUCAGCAUAGGGGGACCAUCUGAGGAUUUAGCCAAGACUCCUGCGCCUUGCAGAUACAAUAGUACAGACCCAAAUGUUUAUCUGCUCCGACGGCCAGCGUUUUCCAUGUUGGGACGUCACAGUUUACCCAGAGAUGGCACCAAGAAACCAGGUCCAGGAACAUAUAAUCCAGAGAAAGUUACAGUCCACAAGGCCCAGGCACCAGCCUACUCCCUGGUUUCUCAGGGUCUCAACCAUCUCUUCUGUGGAUGUACUACUUCUUACCCACACAAGAUCAAACUACGGUCUUAUGUGGCAUAUUAAAAACAAUGAGUUUGACCCUGAUAUAGGGUCACCAUAAAAAUCACCCUGAUAGUCAUCCCUCUUCUUUGAUACAUAUACCAGCAAGAGAUCUGUUCAUAAUGGCCAAUAGAAUACACACCGUGUAAAAAGGCUGAGCUAAAGCUAAGGGCUUCAGCGUAGAGUGAGCAGUGUUAUAGCUUUUUUAUAAUAGCAACCCUGAUCAUUCCCUGGAGAUGCUUUCCUACUCAAGUUACAGUAAACAGAUGGUGAAAUGUCUGUAUAACAAAAAAAAAGAACCCUGAAACACAUAUUUGCUUUAACUGUGCUUAAUAGUUUUCCAAAGGUUUGACAGAUACACAGAAAUGUGGUAUUCUCACCACCUUAGAUUCAAAGAAUGAUGACAUCAAUCUGUAAUUCUUUAGAUGCACACAAGGGCGUCUGACUUAAUUUUCAAGACAAGACUGAGGAAAAAUGUGAACUUGUCCUUCACACCAUGA